AUGCCAAUAGUAGUCGCGCACGUCAUCGUCGGCUACCUCGUCGCGACGACGGGCGCCGCGGUCUAUCUCCACGCAAAAACACACGCCGUCAACACAACACAAAUCUUCCUCGCCUUCUUCUGCUCUUUAAAUGCGCUCAUCUGCUUCUGGGAGCUGGCCCUAGCGUAUAGGAUCGACGUCAUCAAACGGCUCGCGGGCGAAUUAAGGAAAGGCACGAAGGACGCGCAAAGUGACCGGUUCAGAGUCGUCGGGCGCUUCUUCCUCCUGCCCUGUCCGGUGCGGCAGUGGUUUUCGUUAACUUUCUGGGCGCGGGUCUGGUGGACCUACGCGUUAUAUGAUCCGAGCUAUGCGGACCGGACGACCUUCGGCUUCUGGAUCGACGUCUCCAACGGCCACGUGACCCUUUUACCUACAUUACUAUGCCUCGUCGGCAUGACCUACGAUGUGCUGGACGCGCGGACCUUUGGGAUUAUCAAUCUCUUAGCCUUCUACCAGGAGUUCGUGGGCACCGUGAUUUAUUUUUGCACGUACUUCUUCAACGGCCGCCACAGAGGCAAGAGCGCCCUCGAGGUUGGAGUUUUUGUGGGCCUGACGAACGGGCUGUGGUUCGCGGGGCCGCUCGUCGGCAUCUGGGCGGCGCUGCAGUGCGUCUACUCCGGGAGUUACGCGGUCUUCCGGUAG